AGAAACAAAUUUGAAAAUCUAAAAACUUGGUUACCGGUGUAUCAUCGGUUCCCCUCGAUUUCCGAGACGUCGGCAGAGAGAUUCGCUUUUGCGUUUUCUUCGGCUCCCACGAUCGGUAGGCGCGGGUGUCCGACUCCGAGGUAUAAUAUUAUACGUAAGUCGUUAUUACUAGGGCUUCAAAUUAUUACGGUAUACACGCGGCAGCUCGGUAUCUGUAUAUAUCGUACGCUUACAGACUCCGGUUCUUCAGGUACACAACGUCUCUACACCGGUAUGUGUCGGAACACUUUCACUGUACGCCGAGAUACGCGCUUGAUUUGACCUCGUUAAACCGCGUCGGGAAUAAAACGUCUCCAGAUAUCCUUUCAGACGGUCGUACGAAAAUCGUCUUAUAAUCGUCUUAUCGUCUCUAGCACGCGUUUGCGAUACAAGCUCUUUGGAAGAAAACAAAAAGAAAAAAAAAAAACAAAAAAAAACGAGAGAGAGAUGAUCCCCGAGGAAGUUGCGCGGGGAUCGUCGUCGUUGCCGAUCGGUGAUAAGUGUUACGAAAAAAAUGUGAAGACGAUUCCGGGGAGAAGAGAUGAAGAGGAAAAAAAAAAAAAAAGAAAGAAGAACAAGGAGCAAAACGGUCGACGCAAGAAACGAGAGGAAAGAAACAGGAUCCGUCGAGGCUAGAAAACCCGGAUAAACUGCAGCGGGCAUUAUCGCGCCGAGCGUAGACUACGUUUUACUCGCUGUACAAACUCCUUGCAUUCAUCACACGUUUCUUGUAACGAAGUGCGAGAUGCUCGAACACACUGGUGCUCUCCCCCAGUCAGUCUCAUCUGGGCUCCAUACAACGAAGCGAUUUUUCACGCCUCGCUCUCCUAAGGAUCGCCAGACGUGUGCGUGUUCUCCGACUGCUUCAGCUGGAAUGGAAUCGUCGCACGGUCGAAAUUCAUCGGUAAAUCGAAACCUCUCGUACCCCGAGACGGGGGACGGAAAUUUCGCCCGGAUUCCGUAGAUCCCGAGGAGAUCGAAGAGCGACGAAACGAAAUUUUUGUCCGCACCUCCUCAAGAGACGGUGGAGGGAAAAAUCGAAAAUCGGCCGAUCGAUCGAACGAUGAUGCAGUAACAACAGAGCCCGUGUUGCUCUUCGAAUGUCCGUGGAACUUCGGUGGAACGUAGCGUACAGUUGGUGCAAACCAGCGUGUAACUUAGUUGAUGAAACCACCGUAGUCGGUGCUGUUGUAGGAAUUUUACUGUAAGGCCAGUAAGAACCGACAGAUAUCCACAGGGCUGGCGAACGAACGGGUCGGCGGUGUGUGUCUGCGUGGUACCCGUUUAUCGUUAUUCCGAAACACGUACAGACGCGGUUGGUGUUUAUUCGUUCGUUUUUUUUCUUUUUUGUAAAAAAAAAAAGUUUCUCUUCUCUUCGAUUUUCAAACCGUUCACCGAACAUCGAUCGUCGCGCGAAGCCUUCGAUCACGUUCGAUCGGUUCGUCGAUUCUUUGUUGAAAAAAAAAAACAAGAAAAAUCGGUUUUUCUUCCCUUCACUUUCAAUUCUUCGGCCAAUCUUUACGAAGCGGUUUGUAAAACAAUUGCGGUGAAAAGAAGUUCCGGUGCACGUGAAUGUUAUUCAAUUUUCUUGAAUUUUUUUAUCGUCAACGUCAAGGAGUGCGCGAAGAAUGUUUCGCCAUGUCGUACACGACAGGUGAUACGGUCAUACCGGUGAAGUGAUAAGGAUAUACGGCAGCAAAAAAAAAAAAGAAAAAAGAACGAUAUCAAGUUAUUCAGCGAUUAUCAUGACGCACGGUUGAUCGAAUAGUACGCGGUCGAAGAGGGAGGGGGAAAAAGAAAGAAAAAAAAAAAAUCGAAAGAGGGGAAGAAGAAAUUGUCGGCGAUCGAAGAUGUUGGCCCCCGUCGAGAGCGCCGAAGAUUCCCCGAAGAGGAGAUCGACGUUUUACGUGUCUCUGGAAGGCGAGUCGAGACAUUCGGCGAAGAUACCGAAGACCGGGGGGGCAACGACAACAACGUCGUCCUCCGCGGAGGAGUCGGCGGUAAACUUCACCUGCAACACGUUUCCGAUCGGUAGUUCUACGAAGAACGCGCCGCUGCCCGGCGUCGUACUAUCGCGUACGUUGAGCUCCGUCAACGCUUUCGACAAACGACAGGAGGUGGAAACUGCGCCCGAACCUUGCGGCGGCAAGGUGCAGUCCUUGUCCAGGAUAUUCGAAACUACGUCGGGAAAAAAAUAUUCCGCCUGCGGUACGGCGACAGCCGUUCCCCCCGCUCACAAGAGUCAAACCGACGAGCCGAAAUCUGGCGGCGUUAAAAAAAUCGAAAGGACCAGGUCGUUCAAGACCAUAGAGAAAUUUCAGAGCAGAUUCACCGGCAGGAAACCCUCCGCUGACCUCCAGUCGAACCCCCAAAAAAAGGAGGACGUCGCCCCCGCCGCCGCCGCAGCCGUCUUCGCGGACCUCGAACGGAAGGACAAGCCCGCCAACCGUCACGGGGUCUUCGAAAAGGAUUACAAAAAUAAAUUCAACGGACUAUCGGCCGGCGAUCCGAGGACGGAGUCUCCGGCGCCCCGUAGCAAGGUGGCGGCGACGACGACCACCGCGAAGCCGAAGUGUUCGGACAACGCGAAAAUUCAGACGAAAAAUUCCGGGACCUUCACGAGCCUCAUUCGGAGGACCCACAGCACCAAGUUGACGAGGAGUUCGAGCGCGUUGGUCAGACCGAACACCGGUGGUAAAUAUUCGUCGGCCGAUGACGGAGUUCACGGCAAUCAGGUCGAGCGAUCGGAAACAAUGAACGAUCAGCAGAGGCCGGGUCAUUUCGAUAACUUGGAUCGCACGCCGACACGAAAAACCUCGAUAUUGUUCGCCGACGGGGAACGAGCCGAGGAAGCGGAGGACGAGGUGCACUCAGAUACCUCCUACGAAAAGGCAUGUCGGAGAGGAAGCGCACCAGCUACACCCGUCCUAGGGGCUCGACCACUGGACGUUACCCCCAACCGCAUAGUGAAUUUCUUUUCGAAAAGAUCCUUCCGUUCGAAUCCCCUGAAAAGGACAAAGAGCGUGACAAAACUUGAACGUCAGAAACAGAGAGGUGCUGGUUUAAGGGGUUGUCGUUCGCACGAGUCUCUGCUUUGUGGACAAGCUGUGACCUCGAUGGAUCUCGCCGCUGUUACGCCGCUGCAUCCGAGCCUCUUGGGCAGACAGCAUUGUUUUCAAGUAACGCCGAGCACCGGUGUGCCCAAGUACUUCAGCUGCAAAACGGCGCACGAAAGGGAUCAGUGGUUUCACAGCCUUCGAAAGUCCGUUCAUCCGGAUGUGGAGCAUAAAAGAAGAACGGACAAUUCGCUUCAAAUAUGGCUACUCGAGGUCAAGGGCAUACCGUCGAAGAAGCGAUACUUUUGCGAAGUUUGCCUCGACGCCGGACUCUACGCUCGAACCACGGCGAAACUCAAAGGAGAAUUGUGCUUCUGGGGAGCACAUUUUGACUUUCAUCAUCUUCCGGCUGUCAACAAUAUUUAUAUUAAUUUAUACAGAGAGGCCGAUCGGAAGAAAAAGAAAGACAAGAACGUGCUGAUCGGAUCCGUCACAAUUCCCGUUCAAAAUGUCACGUCGCGUUACUUAACCGAGAGGUGGUACCCGGUGAUGGGGGACAAAGGUCCGCUGAAAGAACCGCCGGCAUUGAGGGUCAAGUGUCGUUUUCAGUCGGUCGAUAUUCUGCCGGUACAAGUUUACCAGGAGUUUUUGGAAUAUUUGAAAAAGGAUUACGGUCCACUUUGCGAGGCCCUCGAGCCGGCGAUCGGCGUAAAAGCCAAGGAGGACAUAGCCACCGCACUCGUCGCCGUUAUGCAACAGGAGAGAAAAGCCCCACAAUUUUUAGCCGAUCUAGUCAUGAUGGACAUCCACAGAAUCGACGACGAGAGACUCACGUUCAGGGGAAACUCUCUGGCCACCAAGGCGAUGGAAGCCUACCUGAAACUCACGGGCGAUCGUUAUCUCCAAGAAACGCUUUGCGUCGCAGUUAGGGGAGCAGCCGAGGGUGGCGACUGCGAGGUGGACCCUCUCAAGGUGUCAUCGGCUGCGGCUCUGAGAACGCAACAACACAAUCUGCGCGUCGCGGUCGAGUUGGCCUGGAACAGCAUAUUGGCCAGCCACACGCACUUCCCUCUGGAGCUCAGAGAGUGUUUCAGAAUAUUCAAAGAACGACUGUCGGAAAUGGGACGGCUCGACGUAGCCGACAACCUGAUAUCCGCCUCGAUAUUCCUCAGAUUUCUUUGCCCCGCCAUACUAAGCCCUUCUCUGUUCAACAUCACGCAUGAAUAUCCGAACGAAAAGGCUGCUAGAAAUCUGACGUUGGUAGCAAAGACCCUGCAGACGCUGGCCAAUUUCACGAGAUUCCAAGGGAAGGAAAAUUUCAUGGAAUUUAUGAACGAUUUCUUGGAACGCGAGGCACCGGCUAUGAAGAACUUCUUGCAAUCGAUCAGCAGUCCGUUACCGAAAGACGCUCCGGGCAACAAUUCGCUCGAAUUCGACGGCUACAUCGACCUGGGCAAGCAGUUGUCUCUUCUCCACGCCUUGUUGAGGGAGAGCGUGUCCGCCACAACUCCGUCGCCUCGUCUGGACGCCAUUCUGGAGAGAAUAUCGAUAGCUCUGGAUCAAUCGGGACCGAGUUCCGUACCGACGACCCCUCGCCUCCCGAACCUCCAGAACAACAUAUUCAGGUACAACGAUCCCACGAUAGCCAACAGCAACACAAAUCUCUCGGUGUCCGCCACUUCCACCAUGAGCAAUCACAGCGCGUUGAACGGCGCUAUGAGGGACAGCGGCGAAGUUCUGCAGUCCAAUACGCUCGGUCACAACAGUACGAGGAGUCCGAACGUCGUGAGGGCGGCGACGUUGCCCAGAAACGCCUAUUUGCCGGCCAAUGGGAAAUUGCAGCUGCAAAUAAACGCCGACGAUUACAUGCAGGAGCCGACGGCCUUCGUCUCGCGGUCGCCAACCCCGUUGGCCAGGCAGCACAGACCCCUGACGUCUAACAGGUCGGGCACCGGUUACAGGUUGACGGCCAGUACGAGCCUGGCGAACGUGAAUCAUUGCCAAAAUCAUCCGACCAGUCCAACGAGGUCGGAGAGUCACUCGAAUCUGAAGGACUCCAAUUACAAUAUAAACACGCAGGGUAACGCGGGUAAUAACGGUUCCGUCGGACAGCAUCAUCGACACAACGUGGCGAGGCUCCAGAGCCUCGACAUCCACGAUCAGGACAAUUAUAACCACAAUUAUAACGUGUCGAGGUCGGGCAGCAGAACUCACUGUCACAAGGAGGAGAACGUCAAUCAGUCGCAGAAUUACAACAACAUAUCGAAGACGACUAUCAACGCCAACGUCAAUCCGCACGUCACCCUGUCGAUCAAUCAGCCUAACAACAAUUACUCAAAGACUUCGAACAUCGCGGCGGCCGCCAACGGUAAUUUGGACGAGCUGUCGGACCUGCUGAGGUACGCCGACGACGAGGUGUCCGAAUCCAAGUCCCAGAAGGGAUCGCAGAUAUCCAUAUCGCAGUUGAGCAACGUCGCCUCAUCCGGUUACCAAAGUUUCGCCGCUUACAGUCAGAGUUCCAGUCCCGUAGAUCUGACGAAUAACGCCAACGCCCACAUACUGAACAGCGCGCCCCUGGCCUUCGCCAAUCCCGUCUAUCACAUGGAAACGACGCACGGUCGAAACGGAAGGAGAGGAAGCACGAGUUCGGAGGAACGAGACGUCGGCGGCGGUGUCGAAGGAGUCAGGGGUGUGGAUCUCAGCCCGUCGCCCCCGCCCCAGCCGAUAAGAAACGCCGUCAGAAACGGACAGUCCCAAUGGCGCUCGGCGACGUCUGCGCACAGAACGAGCUCCGAACAACCCCAGGGAGUUUGUUGUCCGAAACUCAGGCGACGAUUGUCCCUGGAUUCUACCAGAGACAUGUCCGACACCAGCGAAGAGGAGAGCUGCGCUACGAGGAGAAGCAAAUCGAGGAGCCACAAAAGCAUCGACCAGUACGAAGUGGAAAUCGAAAGGCUGCAAAGCAGCGUAGACAGACUGAGAGCUCGCUUAGGAAAUCCGGAAGACGGAGACAUUGACAACACGGCGCCCGAUUCCAAGAUGAAGAGCAUUAUCUCAAGGUUGAUAACCGUGGAGGAGGAACUUCGAAGAGAGCAGCAAAAAAUGUCAGCAAAAUUGUCGUUCAAACAGCGCGUGAUUGACGCGCAGGAACAACAAAUUGCUGCGCUGGAUGCGGCUAAUUCACGUCUCAUAACGUCAAAUACCAGACUGUUGACCGCACUGAGUACCCUGAAUCAGCGAUACAACGCAUCGGCCCAGACGACGAACGAAGCGACCGCUCUGCUUCAAAAUAUUGCCGACAUAGCCGGUGAACUGAAGAGUUCAUCGUGUUGAAUGGUAAGAUAAAAAUUAAGCACCAAAAUGCAUAUACAAAUUAGUUGGGUUGUAAUCAAGUACAUAUAACCUAGGUAUAAAUAAUCGUGGGUAUCGAUUGAGGAGGAAUUCUUUUAUUUAUUGUCUUUCGGUUUUUAUUAUUAUUAUUAUUAUUAUUAUUAUUAUCUUUUUUAUACGAACGAAUCAUGACAAUUAUAUAAAUAUACAUUAUCACGCGUUUGCAUAUUAUAAAGUAGUGUUUUCUGAAAAUGAAUGAUGAUUAUAUCGAAUUUGUGUUGUGUCGAAUGAUGUCUCGAUCAGUAUGUUUCAACCAAUUAUCUAUUUCGCUGUGUUAUUCUAAAGCGGUUAAUCGGUUUUCGAGAAAAACCCGAAUUAAAAAGUAGAAAAAAACAAAACUUAACCUCCGACGUAUAGUUAUUAUUAUGUCUUAAAUAAUGAACCCUACGAGGAGCGAAGCAGAGGCUAAUUAAAGAGUAGGCAUUAAAAAUAUAAAUAAAUAACUAAGAACAAAAAAUGCAUUAUUUGACGAAAUUUAUUACCGUCAAAUUGUCGCAAUUAGCUUUAGGCUAGAUCAUUUAUAAAUACUGGAGUCGAGGAGGGUAGUCGUCGUCGUAUACGGUAAUUUUUUAAGUUCGGAUCGACCGUUUUCUCUGUAAAUUUACUUUGAUGAAAAUUCGAUUGGAAAUAAAACGAGCGCGGAAUUUUCUCCGGGUGAUUCGAUUUUUGAUGGGAUUUGUUUUUUUUAAUCGUUGAGAAAUUCGAGAAAAACGAAAGGACGACAAAAUUCCGUUGUUUCGAACGCUCCGCAAUCAUUAGUAAAAUGAAUUUACAAGCAAUACGGUAUCGUAGCUCAUAAGUCAGGUUCGAAAGACACGUUGAGACGCCGACUGGUAAUAUUCAAUCAUAAUAGAGUACCUAUGUAACGCAAGACUAAUCAAUUUGAUAAACAAAGAGAUCUGCAUCAUUAAACAAAUAAUUAAUUAAUAAAAAUAAUAAAAUAAAGAUUUAAAAGAAAAACAAAUAUCCAAUCUAUACCUUCUCUUUGAUAGAUAAAUCAUUUUAUUUAUCAUCAGGACGCACAUUACUGCAAUAGAAGAGAAAAAUAAAAAAGAGUGAAAAAAAUAUUGCACUGUUCUUUACGUGAAAACUGAAAAAUCAAUUUCGCAUUUUAUAUUAUUAUAAAAUGGUUGUCGUUAGUAAUAUUAUUAUUAUUAUUAUUAUUGAUGUAGAUAUUAACGUCUAUUUUUUUGCGACAACAUCAAUCGAUUCGAUGUGUGUAAUUUUUCUUCUUUUUUUUUUUAUACUCCCAUCUUAAGUGUAUUAUUGAGUUUAAUGUAAGAAAACGAGAAGGAGUUUAUACACACUGAAUAUAUUUUAUUGUGUAAAUAUCUUUUUCGUAUAAUGAGAAGAGAAAAAAAAAAAAGGGAGAACGAACGAAACGACGAAGUGGUCAAAUUUCGUCUAGUACGUAUUGACGAUAUCGAACCAAGAACAUUGGCUAUUACUAUUCAUCAAUUCUGUAUAUUAUUCGAUGAGAUCAAUCGAUUUUGAAAAGUAACAAUUGUACGUUCACUUUAUCAAAUACCGUAAAUUUGUUCGAUGUAGUCUUAUGUAAAUUGUAAUAUAUAAAGAGUAAUGAAACACCACGCAAUCUGCGGCUAUAAGGGUGAUCGGUUAUUUGAAAAACGAACCGAUCGAUCGUCAGAUCUGUUGAAAUUUCUGAUCAAAUAAGAAAAAGAUAAUUCUUUUAAUUAUCUGAAUUGAAAAGAAAUUACAAGGAACGAUUUUAUCACGACAUUGGGAUUUGAUUAAUUUCGAGCAUUUGUAUGAUAUUAGCUACAUGGCAUCCAUGUGACUUUUAUUUCCUUAAUAAAAAAUCUCAUUCUGAAAAGCUAUCGUCGUGCGUAGAAGCAUUGAAACAAAGCAGAGUAUUCAAUCAUUAUUAUAACAUUAUUAAUAUAAUUUCUUAUUUCGAGUACGCCAACACUUUUCAUAUGUGUGUAUUUCAUAUAAACUGUGUUCGUUGGUUUAUUAUUCGAUUAUGAAUUUUGCCCGAUUUUGUGAUCGGUUGAAUAUAAAACCGGGCGUUAUAUUUGCAGAUGUUGAAUAGUCAAUGAUAUAUCGUUGUUUUUUUUUUUUUUUUUUUUUUAUUUUAUUUUAUUUUAUAAUAAUUAUGUUUUUUUUUUUUCUCUAGCUUUAUAACUCUUUGAGGUAGAAUAUUAAGGAACGAUUCUUAGAAAAGCCAAAGAAUCGUUGACAUUUCACCAAGCAAGCGGUUAUUUAUUUUUUAGUUCUUACCAAAGAUGAAUAGAAAA